AAGAAGAAGAAGAAGAAGAAGAAGAAGACAUUUUCUCGGUUUGUUUAUCCCUCUCGGCCUUUGACCCGUCAAUUGAGAGUCUCGCGAGAACGAGACCAACUGGUCCAUCCAAAGAAGACGAAGGAGUAAAAAGCAAAAUGGCGUUUGACAGAGAAGGCCUAAACGUGGCCACUGGCCAUUAUUGUUUCUCUAUUUGUAUUUAGUGCAUACCUGUUCGCAUAUAUGUCGUGUAUGUAGAUGAAACAUUGUUAGUAUCCGGAUAUAUUAGCCUGAGCGCACAUUAUCAAGUCUUAGCUUGCUAGUUAGCUUAGCUUGUUAGCUGCUAACAAAAAGACGCGGACGUUAUCAACACAUCGCUAAGUAGAGAUCAAAUGUGAGUGUAAAGUGUUGUGAUUGGGUGAAAAUGUGCGAAAGAACCGUAGCAAAGUAUGAGGAGGAACGUCGUUCAACAAAAGAGGAGAAGGAGCGACAACAUCAACUACUGGACGCUGUUUUCAAGACACAUCAAGUCAGAUUCCCAGCAGCCCGCCCCCAUUAAAGAGGAAGAUGAGGAUCCACAGCCCACCCACAUGAAAGAGGAAGAGGAUGAUCCACAGCCCACCUACCUGAAAGAGGAAGAGGAGGAAGUGUGGAUCACUCAGGAGGGAGAGUGUGUUGUAGGGCAGGAGGACGAUGAUGUCAGCAAGUUUCCACUGACUGUUGUCUCUGUGAAGACUGAAGAGCAUGAAGACAAAGCACCUGAGUCCUCACAGCUUCAUCACAGUCCAAACGCCCAGCAGCCCCCCCACAUUAAAGAGGAAGAUGAGGAGCCACAGCCCACCCACAUCAAAGAGGAAGAGGAGGAUCCACAGCCCACCCACGUGAAAGAGGAAGAGGAGGAAGUGUGGAUCACUCAGGAGGGAGAGUGUGUUGUAGGGCAGGAGGAGGAUGAUGUCAGCAAGUUUCCACUGACUGUUGUCUCUGUGAAGACUGAAGAGCAUGAAGACAAAGCACCUGAGUCCUCACAGCUUCAUCACAGUCCAAACGUCCAGCGGGUGUCAGCGGGGAGUCACGAAGAGGCGUGGCACACCAGUGUGGGACAGAAGGAGCUGCAGGCCCCCUCCCACAUUAAGGAGGAGCAGCUUCAUGAUGAAGAUGAAGCUCAGUCCUUGCAGCUUCAUCACAGUCAAAGUGAGGAGAACAAAGGGGCGGAGCUUGUAAGUCAACACAUCACAGAAGCUGAUGGAGAGCAUUGUGAAGAUAUAAAGUCAGAACCAGACAGCAUCUUUGCUCCACUGUCAGACAUGGACCACAUGAUGUCACACUCUUCUGAUCACGGUGACCACAUCCAAAAACCUUUGGAGAGUAAAAAUGACUCUAAAGGUGAGAGGAGACAUCUCACUAACAACAAACACUUUGACUGCUCUGAAUGUGGGAAAUCAUUUAGACACAAGAAUGAUUUUACAAGACACGUGAGAAUACAUACUGGAGAGAAACCUUUUACUUGCUCUGUUUGUAAGAAGAGUUUCUCCACAAAACAUUACAUAACCACACACAUGAGAAUACACACGGGAGAGAAACCUUUUACUUGCUCCGUUUGUGAGAAGAUUUUCUCCAGAAAGGGUGACAUGACCAUGCACAUGAGAACACACACUGGAGAGAAACCUUUUCCUUGCUCCGUUUGUAAGAAGAGUUUCUCCAGAAAGGGUGACAUGACCAUACACAUGAGAACACACACUGGAGAGAAACCUUUUGCGUGCUCAGCUUGCGCUAAAAGAUUCAACACUAAGAAUGUCAUGACCGCACACAUGAGAAUACACACAGAUGAGAAAUAUGUUCCUUGCCCUGUUUGUAAGAAGAGUUUGUCCUGUAAGCAAAGCAUGACCAGACACAUGAGAACACACACUGGAGAGAAACAUUUUGCUUGCUCGGCUUGUGCUAAAAUAUUCAACACUAAAAAGAAAAUUAUAUCACACAUGAGAACACACACAGGCGAGAAACCUUUUACUUGCUCUGUUUGUAAGAAGAGUUUCUCCUGUAAGCAAAACAUGACCACACACAUGAGAACACACACUGGAGAGAAACCGUUUAGUUGCACUGUGUGCGAUAAGAUGUUCAGGUUUAAGAAUCAGGUCAGUAAACACAAGUGUGUAACAGUCAUGGAAGUUGCAGGGAUUUAAAAACACUUAAAGGCCUACUGAAAUGAAAUGUUCUUAUUUAAAUGGGGAUAGCAGAUCCAUUCUUUGUGUCAUACUUGAUCAUUUCGCGAUAUUGCCAUAUUUUUGCUGAAAGGAUUUAGUAGAGAACAUCGACGAUAAAGUUCGCAACUUUUGCUCGCUGAUAAAGAAGCCUUGCCUGUACCGGAAGUAGCGUGACGUCACAGGUUGUGGAGCGCCUCACAUCUGCACAUUGUUUACAAUCAUGGCCACCAGCAGAAGUAGCGUGACGUCACAGCUUGUGGAGCGCCUCACAUCUGCACAUUGUUUACAAUCAUGGCCACCAGCAGAAGUAGCGUGAUGUCACAGGUUGUGGAGCGUCUCACAUCUGCACAUUGUUUACAAUCAUGGCCACCAGUCACGAUUACCCCAUUAAUUUGAGCGAGGAUGAAAGAUUUGUGGAUGAGGAACGUGAGAGUGAAGGAUUAGAGGGCAGUGCAAUGCAACACCCACAUUUCUCACCCGAUUUGAACUGUUCUACCAUCCACACACUCCACUCACCUUGGACAAUGAAGUUUAAAAAAAUCCAGGAAUUCCCAGAAUUCCCGGUUUUCUACAGCCCUAUUUGCACCUCUUCCUGGAAAGUUUUCAAAGUCCACAUUUUUCAACUGUUUUUGAUCAUUGCACCUUUAAAACAUUCCUCGUAGUGGGGAAAACAAACGCACCUGUUUUUUGUUCAAAUUUCUGUUUUUUCCGAAAUUCCAGGAAUUCCUAAAUACCCAUUCUCAAUUCAAACUGAAUUUCCAAUUGAUUCGAAAACAUUCCAAAACCAACCCAUUCAUA